ACUAUAGGACCUCUCUCUUGCUUCUUAUUCCUAAUAUAUAUAAUUAUACGGAACGAGAUCUUGUAUGUCGAUUGAAUAUACCAUUUUAUGGAAAAGUAUUCUUAUUGACAACAUUUUCACAACAGGAACAUAUUGAAAAAUGGCGGGAGGUAAAAAUGCCCAGGCAGCGUUUCAGCCAGAUUCUGACGUUCACAUCUCGUAUGAGGAUCAAAAGAAAAUUAAUGCAUUCGCAAAGCUAAAUGCUCAAAUGGAUGAUUUGAAGGAAGAGCUCAAAAUUAAGCAGAAUGAAUUGAAGAAUCUGGAAGAUACUUGUGACGAGUUGGAAUUGUUGGACAAUGAUGAUGUAAUUCCCUACCACAUAGGAGACGUUUUCAUAAAUCAAGGUCUACCCAUAACACAGGCAUUUCUUGAAAAAGCUAAGAAGAAGAAAAACGAAGAAAUUUUGGAACUGGAGGAGAAGUGUUCGUUUCUAAAAGGCAUAAUGAGCGACUUGAAAACCCAGUUGUACGCUAAAUUUGGUAGUCACAUAAAUUUGGAAGCAGACGAAGAUUAAGGAAAUCCAAUGACUUUAUCCAUCUAUUUAUACACGAAUAUAUAAAUUCACAGGCAAAUCGUCCAUUUUUAUCUAUCAUGAUACUGGAAAACUAUAAUUAUUAUUAAGAUUUAUCAAAAGAACGAGAGGCAGUUGAUUUUUUUUUAUCUGCAACUCAACCGAUUAAUAUUGCGCCCUAAUUUUCCGCUCUCACCAUCAUUCGUCUUGUAUUAAUCGACGUUAUGGUGAAAAACGCAUGUAUGCAAGUGAUUAACUCACGAAAUAUAAAAUAAAUCAUUUACAUAAA